UGACUAGUUACUCUGAGCACGAUACUUUCUACAGCUGCCGCUGCGCCCUGGUAACCAUGUCGGAAUCCACACGACUUCAAUCGCCAGGCAUAGAGAAUCAUCCCCCCAAUUUUGCAGCCAGCUUUCUAGGAGAACGAGCAUUCGACUAUCACGCAAAUCCAGACGCAACUCCACGACCUGUGGUCAAUGCCACCGCAACAGGUGACGCGCGCAUGAUUGUUGGAAAUGUCAAUGCAAAUACCACCAUCACGGGUGAGGUCAAGAACGUCAAGGUAUACCAAUUUCCCGAAAUCCAAGUCGGUUACUCUUCGAGAAUUGCAAAAGACGAUGCAACGAUCCGAAGAUGGCUGACGUCGACCGACCAAACGUCCGUAUAUCAAGAGAUACUUGAUCGCCGGGAGCCAGAAACCAAUCGCUGGUUCAUUGAGAAUGGGGACUUCGAGCGUUGGGUCAGUCAUGAUCCUCCUGAUUACGCUCGGUCCGACGACACAGACCAGGAGGAGAAUACUGAACAAACGCACGGCAUCAACCAAGAUGAGCUUGAAUCGGCUAAAUCGGCAUGGCCAAGAUUUUUGUGGAUUCAUGGAGGCGUUGGAUGCGGUAAAAGCAUACUAUGUUCGUCCAUAGUAGAAAAACUUUUAAAUCGUGGGGGAUACGAGAGUACACUAAUAUGCUACUUCUUCUUCUCGUUCAGAAGUGCCGAUCGCGGAGAUUUAUCCGCACUGUUGCGUUCGCUUCUAUCACAGCUUUGUGAUGAACCCACUGUGCCCGGCCCGAUGGUAGAACUCUACAUGAAGUGCCACCAGACCUUCCCAGCCAGAUUACCCACCCUACUCGAGCUGAAAGAUGUUACAAACAAAGUCUUCGACAAAGUCCUUCAAUCUCAGAAAGUAUUUCUAGUUCUGGACGCUUUAGACGAGGUCACGUGGGGACCGCAGCGGGAGGAUGUCUUGGAUUUUACGUAUGAGUUGUCGCAGAAUGCGGCUAAAGGGCUACAAAUCGUCGUCUCUAGUAGGAACGAUACUGAUAUUAGGGAACGUUUCGCCUCCCCCGACACCAAUUGGAAGAAUAUACCUAUCCAAUAUCAAGAUGUAGACCAUGAUAUCGAGAAGUACAUCAACAACCAUAUCGAGAAGUACCCGUCUCUCAAACGACAGGACGCGGCAACUAAGAAUUUGAUUCGCGAAAAAUUGGUCAACAAUGCUCAUGGAAUAUGGAGUGCUCUACAGUUAUCCAGCCUCAGGCAACUUCGAUCAUCAAUGCCGAAUUCCAUCAAGAAAGCCCUAGAGGAGAUACCGAAGGACUUAAAUGAGACCUAUGCCCGUAUUCUCGCCGGCAUUGACCAAUACUCGGUGCAAUUAGCCAUUCAUGCUCUUGAGUGGCUGGUUGCAUCGAAACGAACUUUUUACAUCGAAGAACUGGCUGAUGCUUCCUCGAGCGGGCUACAAGAUAUCGAGCAGAGUCCAUACGAAUUUAGGGAUACUGCGCUGGAGCCCUUCCACUUAGUGGAAAUGCUUGGAGACCUUAUUGAAGUGUAUCCAGCCCUCCCUGACAACUCCCCCCCGGAGCCCGGCCAGCACAGCGUCUCACUGUCGCAUUUCUCCGUGCAGGAGUUUCUUCUAAGAGAAUAUAUUAAGACGUCUCCGGUGUCUAGGUUUGCACUGACAUUGCACGAAGCCCACUUUUCGGUCGCGCGAGACUGUCUCGUCUACCUUUACCGCUUCAACACUCCUCCGCGCCGACUCGAUAGCGUAAAAGCAAGAAUGCCUGGGUUUGCGCUCAGGGAGUACGCGUGGUACAACUGGGAAAAGCACGUGGCACCUAGCACAACGAACGAGUUCAUCAGCGACCCGACAAGGCGAACAGCGACGAUGUUGUAUACCAAUUUCAAAAUCCGAUCAAUCUGGACAGAUGAUGAACGAUCGAACACAUUGACGUCCUGGCUUCCCACAAGAGAGAAAGAGAGACUUCUGAGGGCUUUGAAUGUGCCCUAUUUCUAUCCCAAUCUGGGUGGAUAUUUCGAAACGCCACUAGGGCCUCAUGAUGAUCCCCGCUGGUUUGGAAACAAUAUUCCAGACGCCGCAAACAAGGAGAUUGCCCUCAUUUCUAUUCUGCCAUGUCUAGACCCUGAUGACGACCUCAGAUGUCAGCUUCACAUUGUCAAUCUUCGGGAAAACCCCGAUUUCAAAGCCAUCUCGUAUGCAUUGGGUCCAGCGGAUGAUUCUCCCAUCUAUAUUGGAGGAUCGAAAAAGUCGGUCCGUCCUCAACUUGCCAGCAUCUUCCGCAACCUUCGCUUGCAUCAAGAAGGCCAACAGCCUAGGUUUUGGGCGGACGCGAUCAGCCUGGAAGAGUGGCAGUCUAAUAGCAGUUCCGUGGUCAUAGAGAGAGAUCGUGUGUAUUAUACAGAAACACGGCUUUUGGUCAUGCUCACCGAGAUCUUCAAAAAAGCACGAGAAGUGAUGAUUAGCCUCGGGGAAGAGCUACCUGGCGACGAGGAAGGCAUUUCGUUGAUGUACAAGCUUAUCCAGCUAACGGAUCUGGCCUUGGAAGCCAACCAGGAGGAUGAGUACAUUGGUGAAAGUCGGCUGUUCGACGAGGUAGCUCGACUCGAAGAGGAAAACGGCUGGUCGGUGCUGAAUUCAUUAUUCACCAGAACGUGGUGGCAACGCAGGUGGACCAUUCAAGAGAUUGUACUUGCAAGAACAGCUAUCUUGUUCACUGGCAAUAUUGCAUUCAGCUUUGACAUCAUCAAUCGCUUCGUCGAGGCUGAGUCGCUCAUUCAAAAAUGUCUUCUGGAAUACCAUGGGCCUCUAGGGCAAGGGUACCACGAGGUCUUCGGAUCUUCGAGUUGGGAAAGCAUCAAGAAUCUAUCCAGAUCAAGGCGAGAUUACGCCGAGAAAGGAUCCUUGGAUCUGGCUACGCUUAUCUGGAGGUUCCGAAUGCACAAAGGCAUGUAUCAAGAGGAUGUUUUACGGACCAUUGUACCAUUGACCUGGACCCUUGAUUACGAUUCCUCCUUCGAGGUGGAUUAUCAGGACACCCAUCUUUUCAGAUUGGAUCUCCCGGAGGCAAUUGCCAAGGCCUCCGUCAAGAUGAUGAAGAAAACGGUGUUCCUUCGAUUGUUGUCGUUGCAAUCGGUGUACUCGUUGAACACAGAGGACGAAAAAGCCGACGUCGAGCCUCAAACCUGGUUACCAGCAUUGGAAAAGCACGCUGCCGAGGUGCAACCCUUCAUUCGAUGCACCGAGGAUGCCCCCAAGCUGUAUAGCGCAUUCGGGGAGGAAACACUUUCGCUGCAAUUCGCCUCGAAAUGCGUCGGGUUUAAACUUGAUGAAUUUCCGGAAAACAAAGAACAUGACCUAGAAAUAACGCGCCUCUCUAUCAAGGGGGCUUUUUUCAGUACAGUUGAACGAACUUCAGACGCAUACUUGACCGGUCUGAGAGAUGAGGCCAUUCUAGCUUUUGCCCGUAAUUUAGCAGAUACGGCUGUGUCAUGGAUUGAAGAACAGAACCAAAAGCGCUCGGAUCUGAUAUCUGUUGAAGGAGGUGAUUGUUCAGCAAAUGGGGACACUCAGAGCUCACUGCCCAGCCGCGAAGACAUAUGGCGCACUUUGCUAGCCGACCAAUACCAGCCCGACACUCGACUGCCUGACCAACUUCCUUGCCCCGAUCUUCCUUCGUCACUGCCGCCAAAAAACGACAAAGAGGUUGACGCAUUUUUGUCCGUCCCCGCCACCCGGAAGGCACUCAAGUAUCUGUACGGACGAAGGCUGAUGUUGACCAAGAGCGGGCGAAUUGGUCUAGCGCCAAUUGGAGCACGCAAAGGCGAUACCAUCGUCGUCUUCAGUGGCGGUCGAGUUCCGCAUGUGAUUCGAGAAACCAGUAAACGGAUGGUAGGACAUUUUGUCAAUAUUCCGCUUUGGAGUUAUGUUGGGGAAUGCUAUGUGCAUGGGAUCAUGGACGGAGAGUUUACACUUUCCAAGUCCGAUGGCGAGUCGGGUGUUGCCUUUGAGCCUAUUGUUCUAGAAGGGGAGAUGAGGAAGGUGCCAGACUCGGGGAGGCCUCCAUGGAGACAGGACGCGGAAUAA